AUGCUGCCCAACGGUUGCAAAUGCUCCGCUGAAAAGUUUGGCAGUCGAAACAGAAGCCAUUUUUUCACAGGACAAGAAAUCAGCCCUCGACAACUUAAACGGCGGAAAAAUAUUUUUUUGAAAAAAACCUUAAGCCCCGUGGUCACAAUGUCAGAAAAAAUGUUACUUUCGGCAAUUCACUCAAAAAUGGUGUCCAACGGUUGGAAAUGCUCCCCUGAAAAGUUUGGCAGUCGAAAAAGAAGCCGUUUUAUCACAGGACAAGAAAUCAGCCGUGGACAACUUAACCGGCAGAAGAAGAUUUUUUCGAAAAAAUCAAUAAGCCCCGGGGUCACAAUUUCAGAAAAAAUGUGA